AUGCAGGGCCACUUGAAGAUCGCAGACUUUGGGUGGUCUGUACAAUCAAGAAGCAAGAGACAUACAAUGUGCGGAACUCUAGACUAUCUAGCACCGGAAAGGGUGGAGAACAAAGCUCAUGAUUAUGCAGUUGACAAUUGGACUCUAGGGAUCCUCUGCAACGAGUUUUUAUACAGUGUGCCUCCAUUUGAGGAUUCUCCCAGUGCAGCUCGGACUUUGGAUUUAGAUUCAAUUCUUGAGGCUAGAACUGGGUUUCUUUGUGAACUUGAAUCAAAAGAAGAAGACGAUGGUGAAUCCAUUCCAACAAAAGCAGUUAAUCAAGAAGUUGGAUUAUGGAUUGAUACUCCAAUCUGUCUAAGCAGUGUUAAACAAGUGAUGCAGUGGCUACAAAGAAGGAAAUGGAAUCAGGAAGGAAGUAAUAACAGUGGUGUAUAG